AUUCUAUUACUUAUUUACUUUUCUCAAUAAAUAUUCAUUAACUAGGUUAGUUGUAAGCAUUGUGUUAAUCACAAAACCAAAAUCUUUUCUUGAUAAACCUGUUUCCAUCAACAUCCCAACGAAGAACAGGGCAAGCAGAGCAAAAACAGAGAGAUGGGUUGCACCGGCUCCAAGGCCGAGCCACCAAUGGAAAACUCCAUGCAUGCAAGCGUUUCAGAUUUUCCAAAACCAAAACCUCUCAAACAAGAACUCGUGUUACAAAUUCCAGGAUGCAAGGUUCACCUAAUAGAAGAAGGAGAGGCCCUUGAACUGGCUCAAGGGAACUUCAUCAUCACAAAAAUCUUGGACGAGAACGUGCCACUAGCAACCAUCAUAAAAGUUGGAAACACUGUUCAAUGGCCCUUGACAAAGGACGAGCCAGUAGUGAAGGUGGAUGGUCUUCACUAUCUCUUCUCUCUGCCAGUGAAAGAUGGUGGUGAGCCUCUUAGCUAUGGUGUCACCUUUCCAGAACAGAGUUAUGGGAGCAUGGGGGUGUUAGAUUCGUUUCUGAAGGAUCACUCUUGCUUUUCUGGGUUGAAAGGGAGCAAGAAGAGUGAUCUUGAUUGGGAGGAGUUUGCUCCAAGAGUUGAAGAUUACAAUCACUUUCUGGCCAAGGCAAUUGCAGGAGGAACUGGCCAGAUUGUUAAGGGUAUCUUCAUGUGCUCCAAUGCUUACACCAACCAGGUCCAAAAAGGAGGGGAAACGAUCCUAAAUAGUGCUGCAGAAAAUAAAAAUGGUCGCAUGGUCAGAGAAAGUAUGAACAGCAGAAAUGCUGAUGCCACAAAAAAUAGUGCCAUGAAUGAAAAUCUCAAACGUGUGAGAAAGCUGACAAAUAUGACAGAAAAGUUGACCAAAUCUUUGCUUGAUGGUGUUGGAAUAAUGAGUGGAUCAGUGAUGGCUCCUGUGCUUAAAUCCCAACCAGGACAAGCCUUACUGAAGAUGUUGCCUGGAGAGGUGCUAUUGGCUUCCCUUGAUGCAGUCAAUAGAGUUUUUGAAGCAGCUGAAGCUGCUGAAAAACAAACCUUUUCUGCCACCUCCCAAGCUGCAACCAGAAUGGUCUCUAACAGGUUUGGGGAAGAAGCAGGGGAAGCUACAGAACAUGUGUUUGCAAGUGCAGGACAUGCUGUUAACACUGCUUGGAAUGUCUCUAAGAUACGAAAGGCUAUGAAUCCAGCUUCUUCUGCAAAUGCCGCAGGAGCACUCAGAAAUUCUGCAAAGAAUAGAAAUGUUACAUAUUAAAAUAAGGUCAUGUUGCUUUAUGUUUUACAAAGGUGAAGGCAUAAAUAUUUGCCUAUAUAUAUUUCUUUAUCUUUUUGGUUGCUAUAGUAUUUAAGUAUUGAUGUAUUGGUCAACAUGAAAAAGCUCCUGAUGUAAGUAAGAGAGCAUUUAUAUGCACAUUAUUUUGCAUGCAAUAUUCAUGUUAGUAGUGUCAGGGGGCAAUCAUCACCAUGUGAAACGGGUCUAAAAAUGUGAAGAUUUUUUUUUUAUUUAAAAAAGAUAUAGAAGAU